AGUCAGCAUUCACUGUGCUUCCGCGUUCACAAAGAACUUGAAAACAACAAAGGUAGCCGAAGCUCUAGAGAAAGUUCCGUUAAAAUGCUAAUUUCCCUUGCUGGGUCAGGUCUCCGCCCACCAGCGCAGAGCCAAGAGUCCUCCUGCCCUGCUGUCACUCAAGCGUGAGGGGCGUGGUCUACCAAACUGUCCAAUCAAGAGCCCUUCUGGGAAAGGUGGGUGGAGAGACGCACCGUACAAGCGCAGACGUCUGUACUCGCUCUGGGUACGGUGUUUUUAAUUGUCUCGGGUGGCUCUGCCGCAGUGUCUCCCGCCCUUGGUCUGCAGUGGUCGUGGGAGUCAUCGGAGGGACUGAGGGAAACCUUGAAAUGGAUUCGGUGACCUUUGAGGAUGUGAGUGUGAAGUUCACCACAGAGGAGUGGGAGCUGCUGGAUCUACCCCAGAAGAAACUCUACAGAGACGUGAUGCAGGAAACCUUUAGGAACUUGACCUCAAUAGGAGAAAAAAGGGAAAACCCUGAUGUCAAAGAUCAGUAUGAAAAUCAUGGAACAAACAUAAGGCACAUGACAUCUUACACUACACCCAAACCAUGUGAGUAUCAGGAAUUUGAAGAGAAGCCAUAUAAAUGCAAGGAAUGUGGGAAAGCUUUCAAGCAUCGUCAAUCCAGACAUACGCAUGAAAAAAUUCACACUGGAGAGAAGCCCUAUGAUUGUAAGAAAUGUGGGAAGGCCUUCAAGCUUCGUCAGUCCAUUCGAAGACAUGAAAGGAUUCACACUGGAGAGAAACCCUAUGAAUGUAAAAGAUGUGGGAAAGCCUUUAGAUAUCAUCACAACUUUCAAAAACAUGAGCGAACUCACACUGGAGAGAAACCUUAUAGAUGUAAGCACUGUGGUAAAGCUCUCAGUUCUCUCAGAUACUGUCGAAUUCAUGAAAUAACACACACUGGAGCAAAACCCUAUGAAUGUAAGCAGUGUGGUAAAGCUUUCAGUUGUCCCAGUUACUUUAUAAAACAUGAGAGAACUCAUAGUGGAUUGAAACCAUAUGAAUGUAAGCUAUGUGGUAAAGCCUUCAGUUGUGCAAGUUACAUUCGAAGACAUGAAAGGACACAUACUGGAGAAAAGCCCUAUAAAUGUAAAAAAUGUGGUAAGGCCUUUAGUUGUUCAAGUUCCUUUCGAAAACAUGAGAGAACUCAUACUGGAGAGAAACCCUAUGAAUGUAAGCAGUGUGGUAAAGCCUUCAGUUAUUCCAGAUCCUUUCGAAGUCAUGAAAGGAGACACAGUGGAGAAAAGCCCUAUAAAUGCCAAAGUUGUGGUAAAGCUUUUACAUGUCCAAAUUCCUGUAGAAAACAUGAGAGGAUUCAUUCUGGACAGAAACCAUAUGUAUGUAAGGAAUGUGGGAAAGCCUUCAGUUCUCUCACCAAAUUUCAAAGACACAUGAUGAAGCACACUGGAGAUGGACCUUAUAAAUGUAAAGACUGUGGGAAACUCUUUGAUUGUCCCAGUUACUUCCGUUGUCAUGAAAGGACUCACAGUGGAGAAAAGCCUUAUAAAUGCAAGCAGUGUGGUAAAGACUUUGGUUUUCCUUGCUGUCGUCAAAUACAUGAAAGAAGUCACACUGGAGAGAGGCCCUAUCGAUGCAAGCAAUGUGGUAAAGCCUUCACUUAUCUCAGUUCCUUUCGAAAGCAUGAAAGAACUCAUACUGGAGAGAAACCCUAUGAAUGUAAGGAAUGUGGGAAAGCCUUUAUUUAUCCCUCAAAUGUUCAGAGACACAUGAUAACGCAUACUGGUGAUGGACCUUACAAGUGUAAGGUGUGUGGGAAAGCCUUUAAUUGUCCCAGUUCUUUACAGACACAUAAAAAAACUCAUAAUGGAGAAUAGUGCUCUGAAUAUAAGGAAUAUGUGAAAGCCUUUAUUUGUCCCAGUUCACUCCAUAUACACACACACUGGAGAGAAACCCUGUUUAUGCAAACAAUACAGCAAAGCCUUCAGCACCCUGUAUUAUGUUCAAAUAUAAGAUAGAACUCAUACUAGAGAGAAACGGAGUGUGAGGAAUGUGGGAAAGCCUUCAUAUAUCACACAACCUUCCUGGACAUGUGAGAGUGCACAGUGGAGAGAAACAAUAUAUGUUAAGGAAUAUAGGAAAAGCUUCAGACCCAUUUCUUUGGGAAGAUGUGGAAGAACUCACACUAGAAAGAAUUGUAUUGAAUGUAAAUUAUGUAGGGAAACCUUCACUUUCCCCACAUCCCUACAAAACCAUUUGAAAAUGUACAUGAGACAGAAACCUUAAAGCUAAAACAAAAAGGGGGAAACUUUUCAAUUUUAACGAAUAUUUUCAAAGACAUGUGAAAACUGCACUGGAAAGAAAUCAUAUCCAUGUAAGUACCAUGGGUAAGCUGUGAAUUAAUUUGUGUAUAAUACUCCUGAAAACUCACAACAUGAAAGAAGUGUUAUAAAUUGGCUCAUUCUUAAAGUGAUUUUCUGCAGUGUGGAUUUCUAAUUAGUUUUCCAGGUACACACUGAGGUGAGAUAAUUCUGUAGGUACACAUUAAUUGUUCCCAAGUUUAAUAGGCAAUUUUUUCCUUUAGUCCUUUAGUAUUUUUUCGUUUAUAUCUUUUGAAGUCUGUUGGAACCAUGCAUGAGUUGAAGGUUAUUUCUAAUAUUUAAGUAGGUUUAAUUUUUACAUAAUUUUGUAAGUUAUAUAUAAAAGAAAAGGGACAUUGAAAAAAUGUCACUUUGGUUUUCAUUGUUUUUUUCAUACUGCCUUCCUGUGGCAAGUAGUGGAUAUGUCUUAUUCAUUAUAUACAUAUUCCACUCUACUUAGCAGAACACCACUUUUUCAUUGCCUAAAAAUUCUUAUUCUAUUUUCUUGUUAGUAUAUAUUUGCCAUAUACUUGUAAGUAUGUAAAAUUCAUCAUAGUGCAGUCUCUUGUGAAUUAUUAUCUUCAUCUUUUGUCCUUUAUGCUUUGUCAUUCCUUCUGGCUGAGAUUUGGACUAUGGAAUUUACAUUCAGAAGAGAGACGUGUGAGAGGACAAUAAAAUUUAGAUUUGGCGGUGACCCUUCUUGAUGCUGUUAUGUUAACCUACUGACCGUGUGUUCCCGAUUCCACUAUGACAGUUGCAGUGGUACAAUCCAGAAGAGCUACAUGAGAAUUUGUUCCUCUACUGCAGUGUGCAAUGACUGCACUGAUGUGGUCAUUCCAUGUGAGAAUCAGCACCUUCCACAUAUCAGGCAGAUUCUGGGUGUUCCCUCUUACCCAUAGCUGAGCAUAAUCACUCAGUAUGUUUUCAGGUGACUAACUAAGAGGGGGGCAGUGCUGACCUGGAACCUGGUGGACAGGACAGAUCACCCAGGAAAAUUUCACAGAGGAACCUCUGCCCAAAGGAAUUUCCAUAGGACGUCUGUGCCUACGAAAGAUUCUGGGAGAAAAGGCAGUUUCAUGCAACAUAGUUAGCUUUCCUCUAUGUAAAAUAUCCACCAGCAAAAAAAUAAACCUUUUGAAAAGAGUAGGGAAACGAUAAAA